GCCUUACCCUAUCCGUAAAGGGCAUGAACAUUUUCAUAACGUCCCUCCUCUCUUUAGCCCUUUAGGAAGGGUGGAGGGAAAGGAGGGUGAAUAAGCAGAUCCUUGAAGUUUGGAGCAACUCAGAAAGCCUCUGCCGCUCUGGAAGCCGUGGGGCUUUUUUGGGGGGGAAGGGUCCGACCCUUAAGGUUGCCCCAUUUGAACCUCAGGUCGCCUUGGCUUGGAUGCACCACGGCCUGCUAGAUCCAGGUCCUUGCCGCGUCUGCUGAGAGGGAAGGGAAGGCGUUUCGCGAAGGAUGAAAGAGGAAAGCAUGUGCCCAGAUUCACCGGAGGGUAGCCUGGUGACCAGCGAGGAGGAGAGCGAGAGGGUCCCCAAAAAAGGCCUGCGCAAGAGGACCCAACUGGGGAAGCCCUUGGCCUCGGCUCCCCUGCAGGAGUGCAGUGCCCCCUCGCCCCAGGGCAAGCGCAGCAAGCGCAGCCCCGUGCCACAGACCUUCGAGGACAUGCACACGCAGCGGGUGAUUGCCAACGUGCGGGAGCGCCAGCGCACCCAGUCGCUCAACGAUGCCUUCGCUGAGCUGCGCAAAAUCAUUCCCACGCUGCCUUCCGACAAGCUCAGCAAGAUCCAGACACUCAAGCUGGCAGCGCGGUACAUCGACUUCCUCUACCAGGUUCUGCAGAGCGAUGAGCUCGACCACAAGAUCUCCAGCUGCAACUACCUGGCCCACGAGAGGCUCAGCUACGCCUUCUCCGUCUGGAGGAUGGAAGGGGCCUGGUCCAUGUCAGCAUCCCACUGAGACCCGCCGGGAAGGUCCAUUCAGGAAGGUGGCCAGCAGGUAACAUGCUUCUGCCUCACCCAAGAGCAGCAACAGAGGAACUCUUCUCCAGAGAAACUCAGGGCAUAUACUCUGUAUGAUUCUCCAUCACCAGCUCAAAAAACGAGACCAAACGUGAUCACCAUCCUCUUGGAGAGAAGAGAGCCCAGCUGAGAUCUAGGAUGGGGAAUCCAGACUUUCCACCAUUACUCUGGGAAGAACUGCAGACAUAAGCGAGGCAGCGAUUCAAAGCAGGCCCCAGACUGCUUUUGCUUGUAACAAGCUGAUCUCAAAAUGUAUAUCUAGAACUCUUUCAAUGAGCUAAUUUAUUUUUGAAUUUG